AUGACUUUUAAUGAAAAGCGAUGCCGAAUUGAUAUAAAAGAAGCAAUUUAUACAACUUUUUGUGAAUGCAGCUUCUCGUUUGUAAAAAUAAGAAAACACACUGAGAGAAAACCUAAUUUGCUUGAACAACAUAUUGUGAAUGUGUACGAGGAAAAUUGGAAACAUAAACAAAUUAUCUCAAGCGAAACUUGA